AUGGCGGAUGCAGCGGUGGGAUUCCUGCUGGAAAACCUCCAGCAGCUACUGGUUCACCACGUUCAGCUGAUCAGAGGCGCGAAGAAAGAGGUCGAGAAGCUGGAGAGCGAUCUCCAAGUCUUCAAAGACUUUCUGAAUGAGUACUCCAGCAAAAAGCGGAGGAAGGACGACAGUCUGCAGACUGUCGUCCGUCAGAUCCGCGAUGUUGUUUACGAGGCGGAAGACGUAAUCGACGCCUUCGUGACUCAAGCUGCUGUAGUCAAGUCCGAGAAUUACUUCCUAAGAGCUUUUAAGGAGCCAGUGAACCUCCACAAAAUCGCCAGAAAAGUCAAAUCCGUACGAGCCAAGGUGACCGAUAUUUACGGAGGAAAAAACAGGAUUGAGUUCGCCAGCUGCCUCCCUGCUGGAGUUGGAGUGCAUGAAGAAUCUGAGGUCCCUCUAGUGAGACAACGCAAUUUGGUAGGGCUUGAAGAUGAGACCAAAACAAUAAUAGGAUAUCUGACUGCGGAAACCGAGCAGCUUGAUGUGAUCUCGAUCGUUGGUAUGCCUGGUCUUGGCAAGACAACACUGGCCGGUAAGAUCUUCCGUGAUCCCGCAAUCGUUUACAGAUUCCACACACGUAUAUGGGUUUACAUAUCUCAAGAGUUCACAAGGAAGGAUGUCUUUCUUGCCAUUCUAAAAGAGUUUACCAAGGUUACCGAGGAAACGAAAACGAAGAGCGAUCACGAGUUAGCCAUGCUAGUUGCUGCUAAACUAGACGAAGGAAGGUUCUUGAUCGUAAUGGAUGACGUGUGGACAGCUGAGGAUUGGGAUAAACUCAAAAUUGUUCUGCCACAUACCAAUAGCAUGGGCAAAGUCUUGAUCACCAGUCGUCAUGUGGAAGUGGCUCAAUGCGCUAAUGUCAAUAGACCUCCCUACAAGUUGCGUUUCUUGACUCAUGCUGAGAGUUGGUUGCUCCUCCGACUGGAGGUUUUCGGUAAACCAGUGUGCCCUCCUGAACUGGAAGAUCAUGGAAACCUAAUCGCCAAGGAUUGCAACGGCCUGCCACUUGCAAUAGUUGUCAUAGGAGGGAUUCUCGUCAAAAAUUUUUCGGCAUCAAACGAGGCAACGUGGAAGAAAGUGUCGGAAAGCGUGAGUACAUAUCUUGUUGAGAAGGAUCCGGAGAGACGCAUGGAGAAAAUUAUAGCACUGAGUUAUGAUAAAUUGCCUUAUCAUUUGAGAGCAUGCUAUCUCUAUCUGGGGAUGUUCCCGGAAGACUUUCAAAUCCCGGCUUGGAAAUUGAUCCGCAUGUGGAUUGCUGAAGGGUUCAUACAACAAAGCAAUGAAGUAAGCUUGGAGGAAACUGCGGAGGGCUAUUUGGAAGAUCUUAUCAGCAGGAACUUAGUUAGAGUCGACAAGGUUAAAUCCGAUGGUAAAAUCAAAACAUGCCGCAUUCAUGACAUGCUCCGUGAUUUCUGCAUAAAUGAAGCUAGAAACGAAAAGGAAAAUUUUCUCCAAGAAAUAAAGAAAACAAAUGAAGGUUUUGCUCCUCCCAUUUCUCAGAUAGAAAAGUAUCGUCGUCUUUGUAUCCAUUCCAAUGUCUUGAGCUUUAUUUCUUCAAAACCUUAUGGUCACCGUGUCCGGUCUUUUGUUUGUUUCUCCAAGGAAGACGUCAUUUUACCGGCAGAUUGCAUUUCAAACAUUCCGACUUCUUUCAAAUUGCUUAGAGUUUUAGAUGUCAAGCCCAUCAUAUUCGGCAAAAGUAUUCCCAGUGACAUGUACCAAUUGCUUCAUUUGAGGUACAUCGUCCUGUCCUUCAAUUUAUCGGUUGUUCCUGCACACUUCUCCAAGCUUUGGAACCUACAAACUCUUAUAGUCGAUACGCCAUCUCGUAAUAUCGCAAUCAGAGCAGAUAUUUGGAACAUGCUUCAUUUAAGGCAUCUAAAGACGAAUGCAUCUGCAUCUUUGCCCAAGAGAGAUAGCAGUGACAAAGGAGGUCAAAAGCUUCAAACACUUGAUACAAUCUCACCACAAAGUUGCUCCGAACAAGUUUUUGACACGGCUUGUAAUUUAAAGAAAUUAGGCAUUCGUGGCCCGCUAGCCUCGCUGAUUGACGGCAAGAUCGGGUCAUUUGGCAUCUUAAGAAAAAUGGAUCAUCUUGAAAAUCUGAAGCUACUAAAUGAUGUAUUUCCCCGUCCAGCUUCGGAAGGUCAGCUACGGUACCUUCCUCAGCCGUACGAGUUCCCACCGAAACUGAAGAGCCUAACAUUAUCCGAUACUUCUCUCGACUGGAGUCAUAUGCCUAUUCUAGGAUCACUGGAGAAAUUAAUUGUUCUUAAGCUAAAAGAUAAUGCAUUCAUGGGGGAGAUAUGGAAAACAGCCGAUGGAGGUUGUUUGGAGAGCUUCAGACCGUCACUUCCCGAAGCUCAGACGCCUUGA